AUGUUGAUCAGCGAAGACUUGGGUCAGCUGGUUGUUGGAGCCAGAGGGAAGAUGUUCUCUCUAAACCUGAGCGACAUCUCAGACAAGACCAGUGAGAUUGAAUGGAUUGUUAGUUCAAGGAAUAAAGCCCAGUGUGCAAUGAAGGGCAAGGACGCUGAGGACUGUGAAAAUUACAUCAAGGCCCUACACACAACUCAGGACGGAAAGUUCCUUGUGUGUGGGACCAACGCUUUUGACCCCAUUUGUGACCAUAUGACCUUUGAGAAUGGAACACUGAUCCUGGAAGGCAGUCAUCAGCGGGGGAGGGGGAGCGUACCCUUUGACCCCCAUCAAAUGCAGACCUCCCUCAUGGUUGAUGACACUUUAUAUUCGGCCUCCUUUUCCAACUUUCUGGGCACACAACCUGUGUUCCAGAAAAAUGGACCGAACCCCCUUAAAAACGAAAUGAUUCAGUCCUGGUUCUAUGAGCCCAGCUUUGUUUCCAUCAAGCUCAUUGAAACCAGCAAAGGCAGUGAAGACGGAGAUGAUGACAAUGUGUUUCUGUUCUUUACUGAAAAAGCUGCUGAGCAACUCUCGGGAAACAUCCGAGUAUCAAGGAUUGCCCGUGUGUGCAAGGGGGACAUGGGUGGCCGAAGAACCCUUCAAAUGAAGUGGACAACUUACCUGAAGGCACGUCUGGACUGUCCUCUAGCCCAUUCAGGCAUGCCCUCCCUGGUCCAGGAUGUCUUCCUCCUGGAGGACCCGGACAACUGGAGAGACAGUAUCUUUUACGGCACAUUCACUUCUGAACCGGAGACAUCAGGUACUUGGGGCCAAUCUGCUGUUUGUGCCUACAAGUUAUCAGAUGUCACUGAGGCAUUCAGGGGUAGGUUUUUAACUCGGCUGCAUUCUGGAAGAUGGGACAUUUAUACUGGAGAGGUGCCAGUCCCCCGUCCUGGAUCAUGCAUCAACAACAAAAUCCGGGCCACAGGAGUGACGUCCUCUCUUGAUCUCCCCGACCAAUCGCUGCUGUUUGUCAAGGAGCAUCCCCUAAUGGAGAGUGCCGUCCGCCCAGUCAGUGGCAAGCCUCUGCUCGUCCAGGCAGGAACACACUUUUCUAAGAUCAUCGUGGAACGUGUCCCAUCACUGGAUGGAGCACAGCAUCAUGUGAUGUUUAUCGGCACAGACUCUGGCUGGCUGCAGAAGGCAGUGUGGUUCAGUGGAGAGGGCAGCCACAUCAUCGAGGAGCUGCAGCUGUUUCAAACUCCACAGCCUGUCAGUUUCCUACAGCUCUCCUCCACCACUGGCCAGCUCUACACUGGGUCACGUGACGUUGUGGUGCAGAUUGACACCAGUGAGUGCAGCAGCUAUACUUCCUGCUAUGACUGUGUCCUGGCCCGAGAUCCAUACUGCGGCUGGGACCAGGUCACCCUCCAGUGUGCACCUGCUGCUGGUGCCUCAUCUCGGUCUAUGAUUCAAAGCCUUAAUGAUGGAGAUGUCUCCAUGUGCCCACCCUCUGAAGUAAAAACAAAACCAGUCGUCAUCCACCUUGACAUUGGGACGUCCGAGCUCAUCCCCUGCUCUCCAGAGGUCAACUUGCCGGUCAGCUGGAAAUUCCCUGACACCGUUGUCCUCCCCAGCGACCGACACAUGGUGAUCAAUAAUGAUCUUCUGAUCACCCGGGCCACCAAGUCUGAUGCCGGCCUUUACAACUGCGAGACAGUGGAGACAGUCAAAGGGAACAAACAUUACCAAACCGUGGUCCAGUAUCUUCUUCUGGUACAGGACACGAACAGUGCUGACCCCCUUCAAACGGCAGCGAUUGUAUUUUCAUUUGUGGCCAACCUGGUAAACAUAGCCCUGUACAUCACUAUUGUUGUUGCUGAAACUAUUCCCAACUGCAGCUGCAGCAGCAGCUGUGCGAUCAUCAGAUGUGUUGCCACAACUGAUGAAGACCACCGGGACGCACUAGAGAAUGAUCACCACAAUGACUACGAUCACCGUGACAACUACGUGGUGAUUCUGAUCCCAGAGGACGUGGUGGACCACCAGGGAUACAACAAUAACCAUGACAACUAUGAGGUCAAUGAGAUCCCAGAGGAAGAGUUGGAGCACCAGGGAUGCGGUGACCAUUGA